AUGGCGGAGCGAGGACGCUCACAGCUCAUCAAACCUCUGCUAGCUGUGUCGAGCAUGAGAAGCUCGCGCCCUGGUCUCCACAUGGACAGCAAGUCGAAGCGUCCCAUAGGUGCAACACAGAGGCCUCUUUCCUCCUUGCUUCGUGUGCAAAGGAAGCCCUCGACGCCAGAAGACCUCAGCGUCUCCCGAGCGCGUGCAAAGCUGUGGCUACUGACGUCUGUCAUCUCGGCCGUCGUAUUGCUCCACGUCCUCGCCGGUGUGCGAGUCUCCCCAGGCAGCGGCCUUGCAAGCUUGACGUCUGAUGAGCGCCAGUUGACAAUUUAUGGCGAACCAAAGCCGGGUCGAACUAUUUUAGAUAACAUACUUGCGACUUAUAACUUAUUAUUCACCAACAAACCUGUCGUUGUAGAGCCCACCACGAAGCAUACAGCGUCGGUCAUCUUCUGUCAUGGUGUCACUAACACCGCGGCGAUGUGGCAAUUCGCGGCUCAGGAGCUAGCGCCUUAUCUGCCUCACGUCAGAUGGGUGCUGCCGAACGCGCCAAGAGCUCCCCUGACCAUGCUCAACGGGACCAUCAGUUACAGCUGGUUCGACAUUGCCGCAAAGGGUGAAGCAGCAGGCGAAUGGCCCAUUCCAGAAGAUGAAGCUGGCAUGAUGAAGGCCGCUGCGACUAUAGACAAUCUCAUCGCAGCAGAGGUGCGAAGGGGCGUUCCUGCGUCUCGCGUCGUCGUUGCCGGCUUCUCUCAGGGCGCUAUACUGACACUCCUCGUCGGCUUGACGAAUCCGAGGCCACUUGCUGGUAUGAUUUCACUAGGCGGCUAUCUGCCAAUGAAGCAAAGCAUGCAUUCUGUAGGCUCAGUCUUGCCUACCGGGCGCGGCUGA